AACUCUCUUAUCACAUUUUCUGCUCCACAUCAAAGAGAGUGUCUCCAACAAAGAUGACAGGGCACUGGAGCUACUGCGAUGAUGAUGAGUGUGGACCCAAUCGCUGGCCCACUGGACAGCAUCAAUCCCCAAUCAACAUUGAUUUGGGAGAGGUUGAACGUAAGGAUACCCAUGAUGGAAUCAAGUUUGUCAAUUAUGAUCAUCCUAUUCAAGGAGAUAUUGUGAACAAUGGACAUUCUGUUCAAAUGACCCCGGAGCUGCGAUCGGAACACCCAGAAAUCUACGGCGGCGGCCUUGAUCAGGUCUACCGCCUCGUGCAAUACCACUUCCAUUGGGGAGAGAAUGACAACGAGGGAUCCGAGCACACGCUGGGUGGGCUCCGCUAUCCGGCCGAGCUUCAUCUCGUCCACCAGGGAGUUGAAGACCCCGGCAAGCUAGCCGUUGUUGGUGUUUUUCUUCAACUUGGAAAAGAGGGAAAGGCGUUGUCGAAUGAGGAGCGUGUUUUGGGAAAACUUUGCAAUCCGGAGACAGUGACUCGUGUGGAGAAUGUUAGGCUUUCCGAGAAGCUGCCAGCAAACAAGAGGUCGUUCUGGAGAUACGAAGGAUCUCUCACCACCCCGCCAUGCUCGGAAAUCGUCACCUGGACCAUCUUCACCGAGCCAGUCACCGUCACCCACGAUCAACUUGAGUUGUUCCGUCAGGUCCAGGACAUCGAGAAGCGUCCCAUCAAGAAAAACUACCGUCCGACUCAAAAUUUGAAUGAUCGCAAAAUCGUUCACAUUGUAGCUAAUUAGAAUUUUCCCAGAAAAAAGUUUUUUUUUCAUUUUUCAAAUUUAAUACCGAUACAAAAAUGCCAAACAAAAACUUCAUGGUCCCAAGCAACUUUUGUCAAAAAUCCCCGUUUUCCUCUGAUUUCAACACUUCAAGCCAGCCCGAUGUCUAUUUUUCUUAUGUAGUAAUUCGCAAUUUCUGCCAAAUCAUUGCAAUAUUCUAGUUACUCUGACACGAAACCCAUGGGUUCCCACUCCACCUACAAUUCCAACUUUGUUAACAACAUUGAAUAAAUUUUUAGAAUUUUUU